AUGAAAGGGUUGAUCCUCAUCGGCGGCUUCGGCACGCGCCUGCGCCCGCUCACGCUCUCGACGCCGACGCCGCUCGUGGACUUUUGCAACAAGUCGCUCGUGCGCCACCAGAUUGAGGCGCUCGCGGCCGUCGGCGUCGACGAGGUCAUCCUCGCCAUCAACUACCAGCCCGCGACGAUGCUGCCGGCGCUCGCUGUCAUCUCACGGGACCUCGGCAUCAAGAUCACGUGCUCGCACGAGACCGAGCCGUUGGGCACGGCGGGGCCACUCGCGCUGGCCCGCGCGCACCUCGAGGUCGACGAGCCCUUCUUCGUCAUCAACAGUGACAUCAUGGCCGACUUUACCGCCUUGGCACAUGCGCUCGCGUUCCACCGCGCGCAUGGCGCCGAGGGCACGAUCUUGCUCACGCAGGUCGACGAGCCGAGCAACUAUGGCGUCGUUCUCACCGACUUGGACGGCUCGGGGCGCGUCGACCGCUUCAUCGAGAAGCCGCGCGAGUUUGUCGGCAACAUCAUCAACGCGGGCAUUUACAUUUUCGAGCGCGAGAUCCUCGACCGAAUCCAGCUACGACCGACGUCCAUGGAGACCGAGAUCUUUCCCCAAAUGGCCGCCGAAGGCAACCUCUUCUCGAUGCAUCUGCCGGGCUACUGGACCGACGUGGGCCAGCCCAAGGACUUUUUGACGGGCAUGUGCAAACACCUCGAGCACUUGCGAGCGACGAGCCCCCACCUGCUGACAACCGGCGCCAACUUUGUCGGCCACGUCCUCGUGGACCCGAGCGCGAGCAUCGGCGACGGCUGCUUGAUUGGGCCUGACGUGGUCAUUGGCGCGGGCUGUGUCGUCGAAGAGGGCGUCCGACUGAGCCAAACAACGCUGCUGCGGGACGUGACGGUGCGCUCCAAUUCGUGGAUCCACAACAGCAUCAUUGGCUGGGGCUCGACGAUCGGGCGCUGGUGUCGCCUCGAGGGCACGACGGUCCUCGGCGAAGACGUCCAGGUCAAGGACGAGCGCUUCAUCAACGGAGGCAUGGUGCUACCCCACCGCGCCAUCUCGACCAACAUCCCAGAACCCGGCACGAUCGUCAUGUAAUAGCUUUUAUAGGU